AUGAAAAAGACCAGUUUGUCCUCGCUCGAUUCGCGGUCCGCCAUCCCGCGGACGCGCGACCAAUACGAGUACCUGGCAAAAGUCGUUCUGAUUGGCUCGUCCGGGUCCGGCAAGUCCUCGCUGCUCCACCGGUACGUCUCGCGGGACUGGCGGGCCGUGUCGCAGACCAUCGGCGUCGGGUUUGCGUCCAGAGUGGCCCUCGUGGACGGCAGCACGCGCGUGAAGUUGCAGAUAUGGGACACCGCGGGCCAGGAGCGGUUCCGCGCGCUCACGCGGUCGUACUAUCGCGGCGCCAGCGGCGUCGUGGUGGUCUUUGAUCUCAGCUCCAGACCCAGCUUCCAGGCCGUUUCAGAGUUCAUGCAGGACGUGAAAAAUAUGACCCCGCCGGACUCGUGCGUGCUGCUCGUCGGCAGCAAGAACGACCUGCCGCAAGCGGUUCCCAAGAGCGAGAUUGCCGGCCUGGUGGACAGCAGUGCUGUGCUGCUGGGACGAACCGUCGAGUUCGUCGCGACCAGCGCCCUGGACAACCUAAAUGUGGACGCCGUGUUCGAGAGCGUGGCCGGCUCGCUGGUGACGAAAAUCGAGCUCGGCCAGAUCGACCCAGAGGACCCGGCCAGCGGCGUGCAGUACGGCGACCUCAGCUACGACGCCAUCACGCUAGCGUCUCCUAACGCGAGAGGGUGCUGCUGA